UCCAAUUUUACCUAGGGCUUAUGGAGGGGAUAGCAACCCUUUGAAGAUUCCGCAGCUAGGACCGAGCAUAAACGAUGAUCUCCCGAUUCGGUAGCUUACCAACAACUUCGCUUUCGCUCCGUUCUUCAAUCAUCCCGAGAUGCAUUUGCUCACAAUGGGAACACCCAAGCUCCAUUUCUUCGCGACCCCUUUUUCCCGAGAAAAUGCACUCGGGAUCGAGUGAUCCCGAGAAAAUCAGUUCAAGACCAGAUUUUUCCGAAAGCCCAUCUGAUUCCGGUCAAAAUGAUCCCGACCCCACCACGCGCAGUCCAGGUGGUUUGGUUUCUCGAGCCAAUGUGUUGAGCACUCUACUGAGCCUCAAGGAUGACCCGUCUUUGGCGCUUGAGUUCUACUUACGAGUCGAGAGAAGGCGCGGCUUCGUUAGGAGUGUCGAUGGGUAUUGCGUCUUACUUCAUAUCUUGACUGGAUGUCCGGAGUUUUGGUGCUGGGCUCGGAGGUUGCUCCGCUGGAAUGCCAGUGCUGACUCCGGAUACUCCCCGGCCCUGCUUGUGGAUAGCCUGAUCGAGUGUGCGCAGCGGUUUGAUUUCGAGUUGGGUUCGCAGGUCUUUGAUUACUUGCUGAGUAGUCUCGUUCGAGCUGACCGGGUGGGUGAUGCUGUAGAUUGUUGUUAUAGAAUGAUUGAGAGCAAUGUGAUGCCUUCCCUUCCGUACUUAAAUGCUCUUUUGGAUGCAUUGUUUAGGACGCUCAGGAUUGGGGCAGUGCGGGAAUUGUAUGAUACCAUGGCCGCAAAAGGCGAAAGAGGUGAUCUCUUUACGUUGCACAAGGUGAUGCGUGCGUGUGUGAAGACAGGAAAGCCUGAGGAGGCUGGAGAGUACUUUAGACAGGCCAAGGAUCGAGGGAUGCAACUGGACGAGGCAGCUUAUAAUGUUGCGGUCCAGGCUAGGUGUCUAGAGCUGAAUUCAGAGUCGGCGUGUGAGUUGCUGGACGAGAUGAAAGAAAAGGGAUUGGUCCCUUCAGAGUUUGCAUUUGCUCGUGUGAUCACUGCUUGUGUGAAGCAGGGGCAUAUGCAAGAGGCUCUGAGGGUUAAGGAUGAGAUGCUAAGGAGAGGGUAUGAGAUGAAUUUGGUGGCAGCAACAAGUUUAAUCAAGGGAUAUUGUAUGUCAGGUGAUUUAAAUUCUGCACUGAAUUUGUUUGAAAGUAUUUGCAAGGAUGGUCUUGUCCCAAACAGGGUUACCUACACCACUUUGAUUAGCGGAUGCUGUAGGAACGGGAAUGUCAAAAGAGCAUUUGAGGUAUACUCCCAAAUGAAACUUGCCGGCGUACAACAUAGUGUCUCUAAUUUUAAUCAUUUGAUUAGGGGAUAUUUAAAAGCUCAGUCAUGGGAAGAGGCUCUUAAAAUAUUUGAGGAGGCCAUUGAGUGCGGAGCUGCUAAUACCAUUACCUAUAAUCAUCUUCUGUCCUGGCUCUGCAAUCAGGGUGAUUUGACUGAAGCUUGCAAAUUAUGGGAUAAAAUGAUAGUCAACGGCCUAGUGCCAAAUGUAGUUUCAUAUAAUAUCAUGAUUCAUGGACACUGCAAAAGUGGCAGUAUGGAUACAGCAUCUACUAUGUUCUCAGAGAUGCAAGGAAGGAGACUAAAACCUAAUGUAGUUUCAUUUACCUUCUUAAUAUAUGGAUACUUUAAACAUGGCGAUCCAGAUCGUGCUCUUGAUGUGUUUGAACAGAUGGAGCAUGCGGGAGUUGCUCCCUCUGACUUCACAUUCCACAGAAUCAUCAAUGGUCUGUGUAAAGCUGGCCAGACUGUUGAGGCAAGGGACGUGUUGAAUAAGUUCAUUGGCAAAGGCUUUUUACCGAGCUGCAUGACUUACAAUAGUGUUAUAGAUGGAUUUGUUGCAGAGGGUGACAUAAAUUCUGCUUUAUGUGCUUUUAGAGAUAUGCAUGAUUUUGGAGUUUCCCCGAAUUUAGCUACUUACGCCAGCUUGAUCAGAGGUUCUUGCAAAAGAAAUAAUAUUGAUGUGGCACUUAAGAUGUGGAAUGAGAUGAAGAACAAGGGUCUUGAACUGGAUAUCAAGGCAUAUAGUGCUCUAAUUGAUGGAUGCUGCAAAAUGCAAUACAUGGAAAGGGCACUGGACUUGUAUUCUGAACUUCUAGAAGUUGGUCUGUCUCCAAAUACAGUCAUAUAUAAUUGCCUCAUCAGCGGGUUUAGAGAUCUAAACAACAUGGAGGCAGCACUUGGCUUUCAUAAGAAAAUGGUAGAUGAGGGUAUCCCUUGCGACUUGCCAACCUAUACCACUUUAAUUGAUGGACUGUUGAAAGAGGGUAAAUUACUCAUGGUAUCGGAUCUUUACUCUGAGUUGCUCACAAAGGGCCUUGUACCUGAUUUGAUAUUGUACCGUGUCCUGAUGAAGGGUCUCUGCAAAAAGGGACAGCUAGAGAAUGCUGGCAAGAUUUUGGAAGAGAUGGAUAGGAAAGGUGUCAGCCCUGAUGUUCUCUUAUACAACACAUUGAUUGCUGGAAACUUCAAGGAGGGAAAUCUUCAAGAGGCUUUUAGGUUGCAUGAUGAAAUGCUUGACAGAGGACUUGUGCCUGAUGAUACUACAUAUGAUAUCCUUGUAACUGGAAAAUUCGAAGGGAAAAAUUAUCUGCCUGAAGCAUCAAUGUCAAGUGGUUGAUUUCCUAUUGUAUCUUUGGACCCUGGUCAGUCAUUUGAAGAUGGAGCUCAUAGUGUCUUGCAGUGACCUGCAUAUCCAGUAUAAGGUGGAUCUGUCUUUUAUGUCAAGUCUGUUCCUGUGCAAGAAGAGUUGCAUAGGAGGCAAAAAGAUCAAGGUCUGAAGAUGAUCUUGAGCAUCAUGAAGUAAAUAUUUGUUGUCUGUUUCAUGCCAUAGCAAUGAGGGUUGAUUCUGCUUCAAAGAAGUUGAAACCGCUCUAUGACCAUGUAGUCUGCAGGUGAGAAGUCCUCUAUCAGUUGUCUCGUGGAUGGUUUAAAAAGUGGCUGCCGAUAUAGUGCUGCCAGCUUUCACUGAGAAGCUACGUCUCUGUAUGGUCCGAAAGCGUAGAGACUUACAUCAUUCUUGACAAUGCAUGAUGUGGAACACGAAUUACUCCAAGUACGUUCCCUAGCUUCAAUAUGUUCCUACUUCUUAGAGAUCAGCACAAGCAACUCUAUAUGUUUAUAUAUUUUCAGGUUAUGAGUAAUGAUAUUUUGGCUGGUGGAGUAUCAGUCCUCAGAUCUUUGAGUCACUUUUUACAAGUUGGGAAAACAAGAUGGAUCAGCAUCAGGUUCUCAGACUUCCUUCCGUGGCAAAAUUAACGCCAGUUUCUUUCGAUGCAACCAAAGUUUUGAACCCAAGUGUGUUGGACCUCCUGGAACAGAUCAUGACCAAAGCAUGAU